GCGGGAGGGGGAGGAGAACUGACGUCAGCGGGAGAGUAUUAUGGUCUGUCGUGCGCUGGCUGCUGCUUUUCUGCUCCUGGAAGCGGCCAAGGGGGGAAGCGGCGAGUCAACAUGGAGCUUUCAGCGGUGGGGGAGCGGGUGUUCGCGGCCGAAGCCCUCCUGAAACGGCGCAUACGGAAAGGACGCAUGGAAUACCUCGUGAAAUGGAAGGGCUGGUCGCAGAAGUACAGCACCUGGGAACCUGAGGAAAACAUCCUGGAUGCUCGCCUGCUCGCAGCCUUUGAGGAAAGGGAACGAGAGAUGGAGCUCUAUGGCCCCAAAAAGCGAGGUCCCAAGCCCAAAACCUUCCUCCUCAAGGCCCAGGCCAAAGCAAAGGCCAAAACUUACGAGUUCCGAAGUGACUCUGCCCGUGGUAUCCGGAUCCCUUACCCUGGCCGCUCACCUCAGGACCUGGCAUCUACUUCCCGGGCCCGGGAGGGCCUUCGGAACAUGGGUUUGUCCCCACCGGGGAGCAGCAGCAGCACCAGCAGCACCUGCCGAGUGGAGCCUCCUCGGGACCGGGACAGGGACCGGGAGCGAGAGAGGGACCGGGAGCGAGAACGGGGCACCAGCCGCGUGGAUGACAAGCCCAGCUCGCCAAGCGACAGCUCUAAGAAACGAGGCCCCAAGCCCCGGAAGGAGCUCCUGGACCCCUCGCAGAGGCCCUUGGGAGAACCCAGUGAUGGCCUGGGAGAUUACCUCAAGAACAGGAAGCUAGAGGACACCUCUUCUGGAGCAGGAAAGUUCCCAGCAGGCCACAGCGUGAUCCAGCUGGCCCGAAGGCAGGACUCGGACCUGGCCCAGUGCGGCGUGGCCAGCCCCAGCCCAGCUGAGGCCACAAGCAAGCUGGCUGUGGACACCUUUCCCGCCAGGGUCAUAAAGCACAGGGCCGCUUUCCUGGAGGCCAAAGGCCAGAGUGCUCUGGACCCUGGUGGCCCCCGGGUCCGGCAUGGCUCAGGCACUCCUGGCUCUGUGGGAGGCUUGUAUCGGGACAUGGGGGCUCAGGGGGGAAGGCCCUCCCUCAUCGCCCGGAUUCCAGUGGCCAGAAUCCUGGGAGAUCCAGAAGAAGAGUCCUGGAGUCCUUCUCUGACUAACCUGGAGAAGGUGGUGGUCACCGAUGUGACCUCAAACUUUUUGACCGUCACCAUUAAGGAAAGUAACACGGACCAAGGCUUUUUUAAAGAGAAAAGAUGAAUUGUUGGGUGGGUGAGGACAAGAGAGCAGGAGAGAGAGUGAGAGUGAAAACUUGGCAUAAUGCUUUUUAUUUUUGGGUGGGAGGCGGCCUUCUGGCUGGUCCCCUCCCUAACCACACAGCCCGCCCCUUCAUUCCCCCUUUCUCCCCCUCAGUUUUGGUUGGAAGAUUAUCUCUAGAGUUAUAUUUUCUAUUAGAUGUAAAUAUCUUAUUUAAGAAAAAAUAUCUAAAUAUAUAUAUUUCAACUC